UCAGCAUCACAACAACAGCAACAACACUACUUUCCUAUCUUCCUCCACAUCUCCUACUCUCAACAGCCUCUUUUCCAGCUUCUCGCUUCCAACCCAAACAAUCAAAAUGGCCGUCCCUACCUCCGUCUCCAUCCAGAACCUCUCUGGCAAGUACAACCUCAACAAGAAGCUCGGCAACGACCCCGAUGCUCUCCUCGCCAUGCAAGGCCUCGGCUUCAUCAAGCGCAAGGCGAUCGGCAAGGUCGCCGUGACCAUGCACCUCAGCCAGGCCCAGGGCGCCGACGGCGUGUACCGCAUCAGCGCCAAGAACAUGGUCGGCGACAAGCAGAUGAGCGCCGAGGAGCGCAUCCUGGACUGGCAGGUCCGCGAGGCCGAGAGCCCCGUCGGCAAGGUCCAGGCCAAGACGGAGCUGACCUCGGCGGGCAAGAUUGCCGACGCCUUCCUCGCCUCGGGCUGGGACUCCGCCGACGUCAUCCACGGCUUCGCCACCGGCGACGGCUGGACCCUCGAGCAGGUCUGGGGCUUUGCCAACGUGGCCGGCGAGAAGAGGCAUGUGCGCAAGCUUGUCUGUGUCAAGGGCAAGGAGCGCAAGGACUUCACCCUGGUCUACGACUAUGUCAACUAAAGCUUGGCCACCAAAUCAUGUGACGGGUUCUCUGAGCUCCCAACACAUCUUUUCACCAGUCGUCCUCCAGAUUGACAGACCAGAAGCAGAGACACACAGCAACUUGUUCUCAUCACGCACACCUUUCCUUUUUCUCCCUUCCCUUUUUCCCGGCAGCAUUCACCAACACAGGUUCAUCAUCAUCAUCAGUCAGCAUUACAAGUCAAAGUUUGGCAAUCUAGAGUUAAAGUCACAAAGCGUUAGGAGUAUUGGGUCUCUUCUUAGGUGUUAUAAGGCAAAAUUUCCCCCUUCAUAGCAGGGCUUUUCCCGUUUCGCUCUUCUAGCACGACAAAUACGAAGAUCAGUACAUCUACAAUCUCACCUUCCUCAUUCUGUAUGGUCUUUAUGCAACUCGUGAUGCUUGCGGGGCGAGCUUACCAAUUCACCUUCUCCACUGAAUGAAAUUGCAUAAUUUGAUGGUCCUGAUUACUCCAAAG